CAGUCGCGAAUCUUCGUUAGUUACCGGUAGCCGCUUUGUGAAAACGUCAGAAGAGGAACGAAUCACAAUCGUUGUUUGUACAUGGUAGAGCGAAGUUUUUGUAUGGAAAGAGAACAAUAAAAUGCCGAAACGAUGUGUUGUUAUGGGAUGCAGCAAUGUAAUCAAAGACAGCAUAAGCUUGCACGUAUUUCCCAAAGACCCAGUUGCUUUUAGAAAGUGGGAAAAAUUUGUACAGCUAAAGAGAAGUCACUGGAAAGGUAGCCCGUACUCAUGUAUAUGUUCCGACCAUUUUACGACUGAACAAUUUAUAGAGAAUCCGGUGAAAAUCAGGCUUGGAUUUGGAAAUAGUAAAAGGAAAUUACAUCCAGAAGCCGUUCCAACAAUUAACCAUACAGGGAAAAGAGAGCUACCUGUAGGUGCCAGCAUUUCAGAGACUCCAAGAUCUGCCUACAAAAAACGUGAAAUUAGAAGGAUUCUGCAAGAAAACAUAAACUAUGGGAAUGUAGAUCACAUUCAAGAGCCACCUGAUGUACAACUGGAAGUAGAGGAAGUUAAUUUAAAGGAAUCACCACAAAUUUAGAGCAGAUCGUGUGGCACUGAAAAAGAAAAGGUUUUUCAUAAAUGUACUACUGUGAAGCCAGCAACCAAAACAGUUAGAAUACAAACAACUUAUAAGGGACAGAGUAAAGCUAUACAGUGUACUCCAGUGUCAAUGUCCAGGGGGACACAAUGCGAUAUUUUAAUGCCACCUGCAACAUCAACUCCUGUCCAGAGUGAUGAUGAGGAAGAUAUGGAUGUGGACGACAGCAAUGAUGAGGACUACCUUCCCAGUAAAGCAUCAAGUUCAAGCAUAGAGUGCAACGAAAGUUGGGAUGACUGUUCUGACAAUUACCCAGAUUUCGAACUUGCAAAUCAGGAGGCAAUGUGUGUUGUGUUCCAAUCUAUGCUGAUGGCACUAUUUGCCCUCUGCCAAGUUUGUGGUAGGAAAGGUGCAAAAGCGGCAACUACUUUUAUAGGGACUUUAAUUAUUGUUAACCAAUCUUGUAGUGUUUGCGGAGGAACCUUUCGGUGGUUAAGCCAGCCAUAUAUAAGCUCUAUCCCUGCUGGAAAUUUGCUGCUUAGUGCUGCAAUACUGUUUAGUGGUGCCCUACCAAGUAAGGUGUUAAAGGUGCUGCGUUUCUGGGGUGUAAAAUCAUAUGAAAGACACACAUACUUCCGUCAUCAGCGUCUUUUCCUGAUACCAGCAAUACUUAAUGUUUGGAAAGAUAAACAGGCAGAUUUACUACAGGCAGCUCGCCAUUCAGACGUUACAGUUGGUGGUGAUGCUAGAUGCGACAGUAUGGGCCAUUCAGCUAAGUAUGGGAGCUACACUUUGUUGGACCUGGACAAAAAUAAAAUUUUGGCAAUGGAACUUGUGCAGAGCAACAAAACUGGUGGAAGCUACCAUAUGGAGCUGGAGGGACUAAAACGCUGCUUGACUGUCCUGGAAAAUGGCAAUGUUAAAAUUGGGAUCUUAGUUACAGACAGGCACUCACAGAUUCAAAAGUGGUUAAGGGACAACUGUGGAUCUAUAACUCACUACUUUGACAUAUGGCAUGUGGCUAAAGGUCUAAAAAAAAAACUUGUGGCCCUUGAGAAGAAAAAAGGUUUUGAAUUGGUAUUCAAAUGGCGUCGAAGCAUUAUCAACCACCUUUACUGGAGUGUGGUUUCAAGCAAAGGAAAUGGAGACUUGGGACUAGCGAAAUUUGACAUUUGGGGUAGAAGGUUUUCACAACUUAGUGAACCACUUCGCUCCAAAGAUGUAUCACUUUGGCUAUGCCGGUAUGAAGAGCAGGUGACGCAUUUGCAUUUAUUGACUUGUAUCAGGUUGUUGCUAUUACGUUAUAAAAAAUUGUUAAAAAUUUUAUUUAGGCUUCUGUUGGCAGUUCUUCAUUACAAUGAGAAUUCUGAGCGCAUACAGGCUACUACGAAAGAUGGUGACUUGCAAUACACAAUUGCAUAUCCAAAGGCAAAACAAGGAGCACAUACUAUUAAGAAAGUGAUGACAGAAUGCACAUUUGGGUAUGUUGAUGACCUGAUGCUAGAAGUGACGGCAAUUGCAGAAGGUACCCAUGAAGCUGUUAAAGUUGUUGAUGCACCGCCUCAUCUGUGUUCAAGCUUUGAGCGUCCUGAGAAAGAGGUGGCUGUUGCAAACCAUUUUUCCAGAUUCCCAAAUGUGGACAGCAACACCAACUAGUUUUUUUUUUAGCCCAUGUAGCAAGCAGAGUCCUAAUGUAUGGCAACAGAAAUCCAAAGAUAAACUAGUAGAUUUGAUCAACAUUCACCUUGCCAGGUUUCAUCCAUUUUUCAAUGCAAUAUACAUUUUAUUGGUAAUACUUGCAUAUAUUUUUUAUAUCAAAAUAAUUGACAUAUUUUAUAUAUUUAUAUUAUAAUUAUAUUGUUCAUCUGUAUUUUUACUCAAAUACCUCAAAUACUGUUUUAAUUUAGUUUUAUAUAACCUCCAAAACAACAUUUUAUAUACAGUAGUUUAUUUGUAUAGUACACUGUAUAAUUUAUAAUUAUCACAA